CAUCAAAAUUUAUAUGAAAAUCAAAAAAUAAAGAUUUGAAUUUAGAAUGUGCCAUGUUUGUCGUCCUUUAUUACGCUUACUUUAAAGCUUCAAGAAUCUAACUUCAAUCUUAAAGAAAAGAAUAGGGAUCUGGCGACCAAAUGCACCGAAAAGAUACAUUGAGUGGAAGAUUAAGGUAGAUUCUUAGGCGAAACAAAAUAGCACUUUUUGUCUGAAGAAAUUAUUGUCUGAAGUUCACGCGGAAUCAUUGGAAUUAGGCUUAGAGACCGGAAAUCAGAAUUCCACUCUAUCCGGGUGGAGCCAGGCCAAUAUAAAGCAAGCAAUUCGAGUGUGUUGAGCUGGGUGCCAAUGGACCUUGGCAACAGGAAUGAGACUUGAUGGGUGCCAACGGACUAGGAUAAAAUAGCGGACACCUCGAUCUUACACAGGUACCCUCUUAGUUUCCAAGUGGCGUGUUAAAGCAUACUCUGUUCGGGGCGUCACCAGCGUGUUCCUUCCUCACAAAUCACUCCACAACAACACGGAUCUCUGCAAGCUAGAAUGCGAGUCUGUUGGCAAAAACUCUCGUUGCUUUUGCUUAUACCAUAUUUGGCCAGAGGGGAGAAAGCAAUGCUGGAACGACACCGGCGUGGUUUCCGGUCGUAUUUCUAUAACUACCUAGACGAGAUAGCGAUGUCUAUCUGUUCAGCAAUUCCAGCAGACGGCCCAGGGCUGAUAUACGCCGUACGGAGGACAUGUGGAGACAAGGACGACUGCCGUAAAAUCUGCACAGACCCCAAGCUACGAGAACAGGGCCCUAAAGAAGUUCAGCAAUUAACCUGGACCUGUACCGAGUCCCUCCAUGUAUACAAGAGACAGCCCUCCCUGGCUGAUAACUAUGACGACUACACGGACUCCCGUAAGCUUGGCCUGGCUGUCUUCAGGCAUCACUCGUGUACCGUGACGGGCUGUGGGCCCAACUACUGCUGCUGUCGAGCCGUAGCGCUCUAAGGAUCGUUCACGUAUCGAAUAAGUUUGACGCCGACAACGUUGUACCUGCCGUUCACAUCUCAUACUAGAACUAGCGAGGUUUUGUCGCUUGUGAUUUCUGUAUCCCUUAACAAAAAUGUAAUAAAUCUCAAUUGCCUUAUUGA